CAUUGUUGUUAGCAAGCCUGUCUGUUUUCACAUCAGUUGAAGUGAAGCUGUCGCCGUGAACUGAUUUCUCUGAACAAUUUAAAAAUCACUCCUAAAACUCAAGGAAAAACUAUUUGGCCUGGCCGAUAUUAAGAAGGUAUCCCAAACGCUGGACCGACUCAACCUGGUAGACUUGAAUGGGUACGGCGAUCGUAGGUUCAUUGAUCCAGCACGAAUAGCCAACCCUUUCGGUGACUCCAUAAUGCCUGUGAAGAAGAAGAGAAAGUCCUCUGGUUCAGACGACUCAGGUCUUCGAAAGUGCAAAAUAACCAGUUAUUGCAGAACUCAAACGUCAACUAGAUUGAUAAACCCAGAGGAUCAGUUUUCCAGCAAGAAGUGCCUGGCCUGGUUUUAUGAAUAUACAGGUUCUGACGAAAUUGUUGGGCCUGAGGGGAUGGAGAAGUUUUGUGAAGAUAUCGGUGUGGAGCCAGAAAAUAUUGUAAUGUUGGUAUUGGCCUGGAAACUGGAGGCAGAGAAUAUGGGUUUCUUCACGAAAGAGGAGUGGAUGAACGGCAUGACCUCGCUGCAAUGUGACUGCACAGAGAGGCUACAAAGCAAGCUGGAUUACCUGCGGUCUCAGCUCAACGACAGUUCAGUGUUCAGGCACAUCUACAGAUAUGCCUUCGAUUUCGCCAGGGAUAAAGACCAGAGGAGUCUGGAUAUGGACACGGCCAAAUCAAUGCUAGCUUUAAUCUUGGGAAGGACGUGGCCCUUGUUCCCCGUCUUCCACCAGUUCUUGGAGCAAUCUAAGUAUAAAGUCAUGAACAAGGACCAGUGGUACAAUGUCCUGGAGUUCAGUCGCACUGUUAACGCAGACCUCAGCAACUAUGACGAGGACGGAGCCUGGCCUGUGCUGCUGGAUGAGUUCGUGGAGUGGCAGAAGGCCCGGUCGGCAUUAUAGCACCCCGACGACACACCGAGCGCUUGGCGAGGAGAAGAAGCACGGUAACACUUUACUUGACGCUGGUGUCAUAAGCAUGUCAUUACAGUGUCCUAAUAGUGUCAUGAUGCAGUCAUAGAUAAGUCAUAAGCAUUAUGUCCGUGUCAUAAACAUUUUAUGACUGUUGGCCUUAAGUGACAUUCGGUUAUGGCAAAGACAACCUAUGACAUGGACAUAAUGUUUAUGACACGUGCAUAACUGUGCCAUGACACUAUUAUGACACUGUAGUGGCAUGCUUAUGACAGCGGCGUCAAGUAAAGUGUUACCAGAAGCACAUAUAAGGAGGGAUGUCCUUCCUCUCUUCCGAACCACAACAAAAAAAGACGAAAGAGAAAGACGACAUAACUUUACUUAAGUGAAUCACACAGCACGUACCUCCUCCCACACCUCACCUUCUGUCUGUCUCAUGUCAGUGGAAGAGACAAAGAGGAAACUGUGCUCUUAAAAGACUUCUUCAGUGUUCAUCUAAAAAAAGAGAGAAGUUCGAAACAGGACAAACUGCUAUUUUUUUUGUAUGUCUUGCAUAUUGUUGCAAUGGUUACAUAGCCAGUGUUGUAAGAUCUACUGGGGAAUUUAUUUGUUUCUGUAAUAUUGUUUUUUUUUUGUUUUCUUUUUUUUUCUUUUUUUGAGUCUUACCUUGUUUAUAGUGUUUUCAAAUGAAAAUAAAGACUUAAAUUGUUUCAAA